CGCCCGAGAGGUCUUCUCCGCAACACCGUUCGAAGAGGAAAACCGGGAGGGAACCGCCAGGCCGUUGCUCUGACGGUAGGCAGCGCCCCGGAACCUGAGCCCCAGCCGCGGCGGGUCCAGCCAGGAGGGCUAGUGCAAGGUGAAAAUGCAGGGCUUUUGUGACAACACCAGGAGGUUUUUAAGACUGAAAGCCUUCGGAGCACGGGUCCCUCGCCCACGAAGCCGGCCCAGAGAGCCGGCGACGGACACCUGGGUGUUUCCUCCUUUUGGCUAAGGUGAACUUUGCUGCCGUGAACAUGGGUGCUAAGUACCCGCUGGAGACCCUGCUUUCUGUCCUUUUGGAUAUAAACGCAGAAGUGGAAUCAAAUUCUUGAUUCAUCAGUAAUAAAGGGAGGGGAUGGACCUUAGUGAUUCCCUAGGCUUGGGCCAGCCCUGGUGGGAGGGGGCAUGACUUCGGGUGUGGCCCUAAGUUACCAACACUCCCAUCCGCUGAGGAAUGCGAGGUACUUUGAAACUAUAUAAACAUCCUAUUCCUCAUUACGCCAGAAAGGAUAUUUUUUAAAAUUGAAGUAUAGUUGCUGUAGAACAACUUGUGUUAAUUUCUGCUGUACAGCGAUGUGAUUCAUGUUAUGUAUACACUUUUUAAAAUAUUAUUUUCCAUUAUGGUUUAUUGUAGGACAUUGCAUAUCGUUCUCUGUGCUACACAGUAGGACGUUGUUUAUCCGCUCCAUGUAUAACAGCUUACAUCUGCUAACCCCAACCUCCCCCUCCAUCCCUCCCCAACCCCACCCCCUUGGCAACCACAAGUAUGUUCUCUUUGUCUGUGAGUUUGUUUCUGUUUCAUAGACAGAUUUCUUCGGUUCAUAUUUUAGAUUCCACAUAGAUAAGUGGUAUCAUAUGGUAUUUGUCUUUCUCUGUCUGACUUCACUUAGUGUGAGAAUCUCUGGUUGCAUCCAUGUGUGGCUACAAAUGGCAUUAUUUCAUUCUUUUUUUAUGGCCGAGUAACAUUCCAUUAUAUAUAUGUACCACAUUUUCUUUACCCAUUCAUCUCUCCAUGGACAUUUAGGUUGUUUCCAUGUCUUGGCUAUUGUGAAUAGUGCUGCAGUGAACAUAGGGGUGCAUGUAUUUUUUUUUUUUUUUUUUUUGUCUUUUUGCCGUUCCUUGGGCCACUCCCGCGGCAUAUGGAGGUUCCCAGACUAGGGGUCGAAUCGGAGCUGUAGCCGCCAGCCUACGCCACAGCCACAGCAACGUUGGAUCCUUAACCCACUGAGCAAGGGCAGGGACCGAACCCGCAACCUCAUGGUUCCUAGUCGGAUUUGUUAACCACUGCGCCACGACGGGAACUCCACAUGUAUCUUUUUGAAUGAAAGUUUUGUCUGGGUAUAUGCCCAGGAGGGAAUUGCUGGAUCAUAUGGUAAUUCUCUAUUUAGUUUUCUGAGGAACCUCCUUACCAUUUUCCAUACCAGUUUUACCGAUUUACAUUCCCACCAACAGUGCAGGAGGGUUCCCUUUUCUCCACAUCCUCUCCAGCAUUUGUUAUUUGUGGACUUACUAAUGAUGGCCAUUCUGACCAGUGUGAAGUGGUACCUCAUCAUAGUUUUGAUUUGCAUUUCUGUAAUAAUCAGUGAUGUUGCACUGCCUUGACUAAGACAGUGUUUCUGUGUUGGGGGGCAGGGGUACUUUGUGGGUAAAAUAUUCUAUCCAAAUAAAUCUUUUUACCACAAAGUAUGCCCCCCCCCCCGCAACAUGGAAACACUGUACUAGUCAGGGCCAUGCUGCCUGCCUGGCAAGAGAGGAUUCCUGUUGGAAAGUACACCCGGGGGCCCUCAUGGGGCUAUUGAUGCCCUUAUCCCUGACCUCAGUGGGGAUCAUGUGGUUGUUGGUGUCACAGGAAUUUGUUAGAUUAUAUAUUCAUAUUUUAUGUGUUUUCUCUGUGUAUUUUCUUUCUUUCUUUCUUUCUUUCUUUCUUUCUUUCUUUCUUUCUUUCCUUCUUUCCUUCUUUCCUUCUUUCUUUUGCUUUUUAGGGCUGCACCCGCAGCAUAUGGAAGUUCCCAGGCUAGGGGUCGAAUCAGAGCUACAGCUGCUGGCCUACGCCACAGCCACAGCCACGUGGGAUCCGAGUCACGUUUGUGACCUACACCACAGCUCACCUCAAUGCCGGAUCCCCGACCCACUGAGAAAAGCCAGGGAUCGAACCCGCAUCCUCUUGGAGACUAGUCGGAUUUGUUUCUGCUGCUCCAUGGUGGGAACUCCCUCUGUGUAUUUUCAAAUAGGCACACAACCUCCACAACGGCACCUGGCAUGGGGCCAGGAAGCAGAUUGCCUAUUUAGGGAACUGGGAAGUGGAUUUGUUGGAAGCUGGAGUAAUUCACAGAGGGGGGCCCUGAAGGAGAGUGGAUCUAGGCACUGAGUUGUAGGUUUUUUCCUGAGGUCAGUGGGAGCCAUGGAAGGUAUUAGACCAGUGCUGGCCAUCUUAGCCCUGUGUGACAUGUUGGGGAACUGGUGUCCAUCAGGAAACGGAUAGAGAAGCUAGCCCUUGGCACUCCUGGGCCUCGCCCCACCAUCCCAUCCGCUCUCCAGUCUGUGACUCAGCCUGGCCUCCCGUCUGGUGUUGCCAAGCUGGUUGGCUCUGAUCUGCUGCCAUCCGCCCAGCUCUGCAUGGCCUAGACCAAUUUCUGCUUUUCUUCACCUGCCGGGAGUGGGAAGUCACCCAGGCCUCAGCCCUGGGGAGAACCCCUCCUCACGGCCAUCCGGUUGGGGGUGGGAAUGGGGGUGGGCAGGGCAGCGCCUGCUGGCCCCAGUGACCCAACGGGCCCCUGGGCCCCUAUCGAACUUCCCAUCUGCCAGUCGUUAUGAAUCAACAGCAAAGAAAACCACAUGGGUGCAGGCUGGGGUGUGGUGGAAGGAGGCAGUUGUGACUGUGUGACCCCAGGCACGGAAGUACCCUCUCUGAGCUUCAUUAGUACAAUCUGUGAGGGUCCCAGGGGCUCCCUGAUUCUCUGUCUCUGGGGAGGAGGGGUAUUCUGGAACUUUCUAGAAUGUCUCAAAGAGGAUUCUGCACCCAAGCACAGCAAAGUUGUGCCAGAUUGGAGACAGUCUGUCACAGUACAGGAAGCAGCCACAUGUGUGCACCCUGUGUCCCCUCCUACUUCUAGGGUCCUGAGGGCUGAGGGGUCAGGGCAGAAGGGUCUCAGGGUCUUGUUGGGAAGCGGGUUCGACUCCCAAGUUCCCCCUAUGUACAAGUUGUCUGCCCGACUUCUCCUCCUCGUUCCAAAUUCCAUCUUGUCAGAGUGAUCCUCCUUGACCCCUUUUCAAGCCACAAAUGUGCCCCUCACCCCCCCAUCUCCCAUCCCCCUUCACAGCUUUGUUUUUCCCUCACAAUAUUUUGCCAUCUGAAAGGCUCGCAUAUACAUGUAUUUAAUGAAUUUCUUUAUCUAUCUGUCAAGAGUGUCAGGCAGGGAGAUCAGAGAUUUUGUCAUUUUGUUCCCUGCCGUGCCAUAGAAUGCCUGGUACACAGUAGGCAUUGUGUAAAUGAUUGCAGGAAGAACGAAUGGCCUGUCCCUAAAGCUACCUGUUCCUCAUUGAGACCCUGGGGCACCAAGGGUGGGGGCCGGCUUCCCAGGGAGUCACCACGAGGCCGUGCCUCUGUGUCCCCAUCUGCGCAGUGGGUGGGGAUGGCCAGACUUAGGGUGCUGUGCGAGUGAUACCACCACCACCCCCACCUGUACACAUGCACAGAAGCACUUGAAACUGUAGGUGCUACCAGGGCUGGUUUUUGGGGUUUUGUUUUUUUAAAAUAAAAGAUCAUUACUGGAAUUCUGAUGACUGCUUCUAAUUGGCCCACAGAAGGGGGAGAGGGAGGGGGCCAGGGCCAGCGUCAGAGGCCCAGGGAGGACGAGGUCCACCCCUUCUCCAGAAUGAGGAAGGAGGCCCAGACCCAGACUGCAGCUGGCCGGGCCUUCCCUCACCGCCCCGCCCUCCCCGGGGGCGCCCACCUCACCUCGCCCUCUGCUGCCGUCAACCUGUCGGGCCGGGCCGGGCAGGUCUGGGGAUGGGCGGGGAGCCCUGAGCCCGCAUCUCCUCUCCUCCUCCUCCUCCUCUUCUUCCUGUACUUGGCACAAAGGCCUCUCUGAGCUGGGAGCUGGGCUGCCGGGCACUCGAGGCCAAGAAGCUGGGGGUCCCUUGGGGGGGCGACCCCCACAACGAGGGGAACCAUCCACGCCGGCUGCCGGGAGUCCCACCCAGAGCGGCCCCAGGCGGGGUGCCCUUCCCCAGGGGCAGGGGCGAUGCCGAGGCCGCCUCGUGCCCGCUGAGGCCUGCAUCAUGGCCCGCUCGCUGACCUGGCGCUGCUGCCCCUGGUGCCUGACCGAAGAUGAGAAGUCGGCGGUCCGGAUCGACCAGGAAAUCAAUAAGAUCCUCCUGGAGCAGAAGAAGCGGGACCGUGGGGAGCUGAAGCUGCUGCUGCUCGGUCCUGGCGAGAGCGGGAAGAGCACGUUCAUCAAGCAGAUGCGCAUCAUCCAUGGGGCCGGCUACUCAGAGGAGGACCGCAAGAGCUUCCGGCCUCUGGUCUACCAGAACAUCUUCGUGUCCAUGCGGACCAUGAUCGAGGCCAUGGACCGGCUGCAGAUCCCCUUCAGCUGGCCUGAGAGCAAGCACCACGCCAGCCUGGUCAUGAGUCAGGACCCCUACAAAGUGACCACCUUCGAGAAGCGCUACGCCGUGGCCAUGCAGUGGCUGUGGAGGGACGCUGGCAUCCGUGCCUGUUAUGAGCGAAGACGCGAGUUCCAUCUGCUCGAUUCGGCAGUGUACUACCUGUCCAAUCUGGAGCGCAUCACUGAGGACGGCUACAUCCCCACCGCGCAGGACGUGCUUCGUAGCCGCAUGCCCACCACCGGCAUCAACGAGUACUGCUUCUCUGUGCAGAAGACCAACCUGCGGAUCGUGGAUGUUGGGGGCCAGAAGUCAGAACGCAAGAAGUGGAUCCACUGCUUCGAGAAUGUGAUCGCCCUCAUCUACCUAGCCUCGCUGAGUGAAUAUGACCAGUGUCUGGAGGAAAACAACCAAGAGAACCGAAUGAAGGAAAGCCUGGCCCUGUUCGGCACCAUCUUGGAACUGCCCUGGUUCAAAAGCACUUCUGUCAUCCUCUUCCUCAACAAAACCGACAUCCUGGAGGAGAAGAUCCCCACCUCCCACCUGGCUACCUACUUCCCCAGUUUCCAGGGCCCGAAGCAGGACGCGGAGGCAGCCAAGAGGUUCAUUCUGGACAUGUACACCAGGAUGUACGCCGGCUGCGUGGAUGGCGCGGAUGGAGGCAGGAAAGGCCCGCGCUCCCGCCGCCUCUUCAGCCACUACACGUGUGCCACGGACACACAGAAUAUCCGCAAGGUCUUCAAGGACGUGCGGGACUCGGUCCUGGCCCGCUACCUGGAUGAGAUCAAUCUGCUGUGACCCAGGCCUGUCGCCCCAGGCCCGCGCGUGGCAGGUGGAACCUGCGGGCUGUGGGCGCAGGAUGGGCCGGCGCUCAGCAAGCCCAGGUACCUCUUGUCGUUCCAAGCCCAGGUGCGGAAGGGCCACAAGUGAGUCGGGCUGGAAGGCCAGUUGCCACCCCCUCUCUUCUCCGCCCCUCACCAGGACAGCCCCUGGGUCCUUCUUCCCUUGACUCAGUUUACCUCCUUGGGGAGGGAGCACAAUGGCCAUUUGGGAGAUCAGGGUGCAGAAAAGGUGAAAAGAGGAGGGGAAUCCUGGACUGGGGGGGGGAAGGGGCCCUCUUAGGACCCCCACCUCCAGGUAUUUCCCCUCUUGAGCAGGGGUCUGGGACCCUUUUGUGGGUGAUGCACCAGCCCCUGGAUUGGGGGGAGUGGUCUUUCAUGCCCCGGGAUGCGGACUCCGGCGCCCCCUAGCGGACAGUAGUAUCCCAACCGAGGUCCGGGACUUCCGUUUUCUUAAGAGGAAGAAAACACUGUCCCAGGAAUGGGUCCCGCCCCAGUCUGCGGACGAGGGAAACCGAGGCACACAGGCAUCUCCUCUCCUUCCCAGGCUGGGGCCCGGCGCGCUGCAUCUUGCAACUUUCUGUAUUUAUUCCCUCAUCUGCGGGGCCCCUUGCAAGGGUGAACAUUAAAGAAAUGACAUUCUGGAGACCUA